AUGUCCAAUUCCUCAUCUAUGACGCCGGUCGCGACUCCCAUGACUGGCCACAUGAACACACUGUUCAAAAAGCCUGAGGAUCGGGUGGUAGAUGAUCAGCUAGCCACGAGUAUCAGACAAAAUCCUUUACACCGAGUCGGAACUCUGGGUCGAGAGCAAUUUGAAAAGAACAAUCAGAUGACGCUCGAAGUCCGCUUCAAGAUCUACACGGACAUGGAGGUUGACAUCAACACUCCGAUUCAGAGCACUCCGAAAGUCGGCGCUAGUAAAAAGUCAGUGAAGGCUGACAAACUCAACUUCAUCAACUCUAAAGCUAUCAACAGCGGCCUUCUAGAGUUCAAAAUUUGUCCAUUUGGAAAGAGUCUUGAUGACUUCAAGGACCUGGUGGCUGGAGCGUGUGAAGAGUAUGAGGGUGGUAUGAAAAAAUUAAUUCUCAAUAGUGUUUUUUCACCCGGCCUAAAAUGGAAGACCACUGUUGGACGAUUCAAGGUUGUUCUUGACAAUGCAGUUCAAUGGCAAAGUUUUGUCACAGCACUUGAGAAAUCAACCAAAAAGAAUGGAAUAGUUUCUAUCGAGAACGAUAAUAUGCAGGUGAAAGUUAAAGUGGGCAAUAAGGCGAGUGAAUCGGCAACCAAGAAACUUAUUGCUGCGACUAAUGGCGAAGGGGCCGAAGAUCAGGAAUCUGAGGAAUCAAAGAACAAGAGAGAGUUAAACACCGUGGCAAACCAGAUUUUCAGCCAACAUGCCAUCGGAAAGUACGCUGGAGGUCCUGGUACCAUCUUGACCACACCUUGGGAUCCAAACUAUCGUGUGAUGGCGAAAAUUGCAACUGUCCAUAUACCACCUAAUACUGCCGAGUUCCAAUACGAAAUCGAGAAGAACCGAUGGAUCCACCCUGACAUGGGGGUGGAUGAUUGGGUUGGACUUCAAUUGAAAGGUAGUUCUCGACAAUCACGAUCAAUGAAUCAUGUGUCACAAUCAAUUCGACACGCUCAGGCCGGCGGCUCCAGUUUGAAUACCAAUCUUCCAGGCGACAAAAACCAUUGUGUUUCCAAAUCCAUCUCGGCGCCUGACAUCAAGCCCGAUUUGAUGAAUAUUGGCAAUAAACGCCCUGCCUCGAUCUCAAGCAAGAUAGUAGAUAUCAAGCCAGACCUGAAGAAGUACAAGGUAGAGCAAGAACCCAAAAUGUCGAUCAAUGAGCCGAUCUAUGUUUCUAGCGACUUUGAAAGUGACUGGAACUCCAAUAGCGAAAGUAGCAGUAUCGAGAUCGAGAUGCCACCCCCCUCCACCUCUAACUCAGUCGAAUUCGAGCUGUUCCUGGCCGACUGCAACGUCGUGUUUGAUGAUGUCAACACUCGAACGCUUCUCAGAGAAGCUGGGAUCCUUGCGUGGACUGACUUAAUACCGAGUGUGCAACUAACUGAAACGAGUCUUACCUCCAAAGGUAUUGACCGUCAAAUCGCCAACCUCUUGAUGGCCGAAGCUCAAGCCCGUUACCUGAAAUGUAAGAGACUUUGUCAACAUUCCAAUAAUCAAGCUGGGUACUGA